AUGGGGCAGGAUGGGGCGCUUAAAACUCAUGACAUGUUGCAGGAAACAGAGAACGGAAAAAUUGGGAUGGAUGGUUGCGGCAGGUUAAGGUCAUUUGACCUUAACCAAGAACUUGAGUGUGACCGAGACACAUUCAGUGAAGAAAGCGGUGGUUCAAUAGGAGGACACGAAGAUGAGGAGGCAGAUGAAUUGGUGGGCGCAAUAGGCGUGGAUGACGUAAUGAAAUUAACAUUUGACACGGAAGAAAAAGCUGGGAAAUUCUAUAAUUUGUAUGCGAAACUAAGCGGAUUUGGGAUUCGUAAAAGUAAUGCCAAACGAGAUGCAGAUGGCAUUUCAAGAUUUAGAAAAUCAGUAUGUUGCUAUGAAGGUUAUAGGAAUGAAAAGUGGUUUAAUUAUGAAGACCGGAAAAGAGAAGCAAAACCAAUCACAAGAACCGGAUGUGGGGCUUGCUUUCGCGUGAAAUAUGACGUAGAAUCGGUAAAGUAUGUGGUGACACAUUUCAUUAUGGAGCACAAUCACCCGCUGGCAUCAGAGGCAAGUGUGUAA